CUUCACUGACCCACAUGACCUCAGAUUCACAUUCCUGAAAACAAGCCAAAAUAUUCACAUGUAUAUAGUCGUAAGUGGUUACAAACGCGGCUAACCGUGGAAGUAUUCGUGUGUGAAACUGCACCGGAAUGAACAUGGAUCUAUAAAUAAUGUUUGUUAACAAAAAAAAAAAGCGGCAAUAUUCGUACGAGUUCUCGUACAGUUUGCCGAAACCUCGUAAUGAACAUAACACCUUUUAACUCCAUUUCUCUAAUGAAAUUUAUUGUUUUCACGAGCAAUUGGAAACAUUUGAAAUAAUGAAGUAUUUUCUCCUCAGUGUGUUGAUUAUUUAAAAAAUCACUGGAAUUAAUGGUUUUACGUAAAUCAUCAAUAUAUCAUAAAUUUUACGACAAUAAAUGACAUAUUGUUGUAUUGUUCUUCGAAAUGGUUUAUCGCAUGGUUAAGCACACUUUGUGCUCUAAUUUUGCCAGUUGUGGAUCUCGAUUUGUUGGAAUCCUUGCACCUCUUACCGUGCCACCUUUACACAUAUUAUUUCUCUUUCAUUUCUGGCAAGAUUAUGCUCGAGAUGUUGAUCGGCAAUAUUGUUCUUGCUCAUGCUGGGACACAGUUUUUAAAGGAUCCUAUGAAUCCGGUAUUGCAUCUUACAAGCACAUGUACUUUAAUGCAACAACGAAUAGCCUGAAAAUAUGGGCAAGCAUAGUGAUCGGAAUAGUUGUGUUUUACGAAACUUCAAAGUAUUUGACAUGGCUGGCGUUUCAUCGAAGACUGAGAUUUGGAAUGUUUAUACUAUUUGUCAGUGCUAUUUUUUCGCACUAUUAUUCUUGGUGGGUCUACAUAAAUUAUUGGAACGACGAUUUUUACUCUCAAUGGUAUCAUCAGAUGUUCUUCUCCAUCACCGAACUGAUAUCGACUAUUUUCGUCAUUCAACUGGCGGACAAAAAGACUGCUGUUACGCAUCGAAAAGCAUUUGCUAUCAGUACUAUCGGCCUCAUUCACAUACUUGCUGGCAGCUGGGAUCAGUUUAUUACAAACGUUUUGAGAGGCGAAGGGUAUGCUCAUCAGGUCGUGCGAGAUUUAGGUUUCAUGAUACCAGACAUUCUUCACGUUUUAAUACCACUAUUGUCAGUGAGAUGGAGAAAGUGCUGUACUUUGCCUGGUGCAGAACGGGAUACCAAACAAACGAGUCUCAAGCGAGAUCUAACGUGCAUGUUCGGCAUAGUACUCGUGGGAUUGGUAAUGUGUACGAUACUUUGAGCUAAAUCAUGCCAAGGAAAUAUCACAAACUUAGUGAAAAUCGAACUAUAAGAAGAAGCGGCCAAGGGUACAAUUGUUGAAAACCCGACAAGAAAUUGAAGUAUUUUUAGUAAAUAACAACAAUAUGAUGAUACGACAAACUAUUAUACGAAAGAGAUGAAGCAAACGUUGAAGAACGUUUUUAUACUUUUAUUGAUCAAAAUGAAGUUACUUAUAUAAAUAUAUUUCGAUCAUAAUUUAUCCUCGUUGAGUUCGAGAGAAGCAUAUCAUGGAAAAAUGAUUCCAAAGAUGCUCUGCGAAGCAGUUUGUGCCAAUGUUGUGACAUUAUUUUACAACUCCUACCUGAAUAUCUACGAGUUGAAAAUCAAGAAUAAAACGUCAAUUUUUGUUAAAUCUACUAAGAAGACUGUAGCAGAUUUAGUUCAGAAAUUCGUAAAAUGUUGAUUUGAGGAUUUUCUAUUCCCCUUGAUUUUGGCAUUUCAGCCACGCGAAUAGAUAAAUGCGAUUGAAAGUUCGAUUGUUAAAUGUCGCUUUGAAAUACUCCUUAGAAUCUACGAAUUUUUAUCAUAAAUUUUAUAUUUUGUAGCUAUUUGAAAUUUCAAAAAUGUUUUCAAGCGCUUUUCAAAAAAAAUCUAGAACGAGAGGUUGAGAAAAUCAAAAAAACCUUUGAAAAGAUGAAUUGUUUUAAUCAGAGAUUAUUUCUUUUGAAUGAAUAUUACAGACGAGCCCAAACUUACGUGCAAAUUGAACGUAAAGCUAUGCCUUUUUCGGGCGAUCAUUAUUAAUACAACAUAGUGGUUUCAUGGCACUAAAAACUAUGAGAUAAGACUUGAGUUUUUUCGACAACGUUUUAACGAGUACCGUUAAUCCUUUGGCCUUUGUACAUUAUAGAUAAGUUUUUAAUGCAAUAGAUUUAAAUACGAAGCAUUUUUAGAAAGCCAAUACUACUAAAUAUGUUUACAUAUUGUACCAAAGAAGAAACAGACGAAUGUUUUCAUUAACAUAGAUGAAGUUUGGAGUAGGAAGAAUAGGCCCUUAACUCAGCAAAUGUUUAUUAUUGUAUUUCAGUCGAGGAACGACGAGCCAAUUUACAAGCUCUCAAAUAUUCGUGUUAAUCAAAAGUAAAGUGAAUAAAAUCACGAGUUUGUUGAUAUUCUAUUUGUUAUCGCAUAAAGUAAAGCCCUGUAGAAUUUUAUUGUUACAAAUUUUGUAGCUGUUACAUUCCCCAAUAAAAAAUAAAAAAAAAAAAAAAACAGACACGGAGAA